CAAUCAAUAAACUAGGCAUCAAACUUUGUACUUGUUGAUAAUUUUAUUAUGCCACUUUUAACAAUGAUAACGUUUUCUGAGCUGACAAAGCAAGUUCAUUUAAUCAAUGAUUUGAUUUUAUCCGAUAUGAUUUGCGAAAACCAAAACCACACCGCCGAAGAGACGGUGGGAUUCAGCCGCCAUUUGCUCUCCACCAAGCACUGGUUUGCUAGGAUCUCUUGGUCCAACAAGAAGCGGUAUCUCCUGGCGUUGCUGGAUGACGUCCGGAGCGCUUGGACCCUGUCGCUUCUGCUGAAGUCCAUGUGGAACUGUCGGCCUAAGGACGCUGUUCUGUCGGCAAGCGAGCCGGAAGUGUGGAGCAGCUACGACCAAGUGCCGACAGACCACAACAGAACCGCGCAGCCUGUACCGACUCUUGCGCAGGUCAUGAAGAACGACCGCAUUUGGUUUCUGUCUUUAGAACCAGACUUGCAAGCGCUACUUCUAUCGGAGCUUCUAACAGUGGCUGGUGGGCCGGUGAUGUGGGAGGUGACGCGGAGGGCGCAGGCCGCGUAUCAGCGGUACAGAGAUGAGCAGCUGCAUAACCUGCAGGAUAGCGUAGUGUUGGAGCCCCCGCCUGUCGGAGCGCCGCCACAGCAGUCACCUGAGAAGAACAAAAAAGAGUCGCCUCAGCCCCAGCGUCGCAAGAGUUCAGGCAGUUCACAUUCUCCUGAUUGGGUGAAGCCUCCUCCACCACCGGGGCAGGCACAAAAAGAGUUGGAAGCCAACUUGGCCGUCUGGAAUGCUACCAUCAAAUCUUUGCGAGAUAGCGUCAAGUUAGAGGAGAUAGAAAUGACGUUCAAUGAUGGAUCCAAGAAGAAAGUGUGGAAGGUCAAUCGCCCGAAGCCUGAAGUGGUUGAAACUGUUGAUUUUGUCCAGCUCCUACCCUCAGCAGUGGGCAAGCGUAUCAUAUCGUACCUCCCGCGUGCACAGCUGGGUGACUAUGCCCGUGUGAACAAGUACUGGGCAUACUUGGUGGACGACUUCCGAGCAGAACUUACGGCGAGGCAGAAAAUUGACACUGAUUUGGAUAAAUUACAGGAGCUGAUGCUUCGUCACGACACAAGUAUGGACGUCAUAGCUCAAAUAGACUUCCAGAACAUAGCGCCCAGUUCCCAGGGCAUCAUGAGCGCCGCGCCUUCAGGCCGCAAGGCGUUUCAGCCGAGCGUGAGAGCGAGCGAGAGGUCCGCUGGAGCGGUCUCUUUCAGGCACAUGCUGGACGGCAAACUAACUAAACCAGUUGUGGCGCAGAAACCGUUACGCAAGCUGGCUGAACUCACCGACCGCCUGGAAAAUCGCGGUGCUGCUGACGAGAACCUUUGGCUUUGGUGCGAGAACAUCAACAAACAUGUCAAAAGACCAGAGAAGCAAAAGAACAGCGACUACCAAGAAGGAGUAUUGCCGUUAGGAAACCUACACUUCCCGUGCCCCCUGAUGAAGAUUAAAAUGGAUGUGCCCUUGAAAACACCGCUUUGUAGAGAUCCAGCUAUUGGAAAGUCCUCGAAGCCGAAGCGAGAGAUAUCCAAUGCAACCAUGAUGAAUGUGCCGAGACAACCAGGUAUCAAGCGAUACAGUCUCUGGACGAAAGACUUUUCCAAACUUUAUCCUGUUUUCAAAAUUCCUUCACAUCAGUCACCAGUUUAAAGUGAAUUUUGUUUAUACAUACUAUGAACAUCGAUGAUUUUAAUGAAUGGUAUUUGCGGCC